CAGACUAUACAUAGUUGUACUAUCCGAAAAGAGAUGUGCCUUUGGCAUUAUAGGUUAGGUUCACGUGUUUUUUAAACUAGUAAAAUGGAACAUUUCAUUGACGAAAUCUUAGAAUUAGAAGAAGUGCGAAUUGUAAACGGAAUCCGUCGUCAAUACACAAUACGCGAACGGCCCAAUUAUUUAGAAAUCCUUGACGAUUUUGAUUUCUUUCGAAGGUUUCGUUUAAAAAAGCACACCGUACUGCUACUGUUGGGGAAAAUCAAUGAUCAAUUACUAUCUAAAAUCACUAGAAAUAGCAAUAUUACACCGAUUACUCAACUGUUGGUCACUUUACGGUACUACGCCAGCGGAUCAAUGUACGUGACCGUUGCGGACUUCGCCGGCAUAAGUAAGGCGGCCGCAUGUAGAAUAAUUGAGAAAGUUACGAACGCAAUUUGCGCAUUACGGCCCGAGUACAUCAAACUACCGUCCACUGUAGCGGAACGGAGUAGUCUUAUGGACGAAUUUUUUAAAAUUGCUCAAUUUCCAAAAGUUAUAGGGGCAAUCGACUGCACCCACGUACAAAUACAAUCACCAGGAGGAACCCAAGCGGAACAUUUCAAAAAUCAGAAAGGAUCGUUCUCGAUGAACGUUCAAUGCGUUUGCGACGCCGCACUAAAGUUCGCCGACGUCGAACCGCAUUGGCCGGGCGCGACGCACGACGAUAACAUUUUCGACAGCUCUCGUAUACGAGCUCGCUUCGAAAAUCAGGAAAUGGCCGACGCCUUGCUACUGGGCGACAGCGGCUACGCCUGCCGCGAUUACCUAAUCACCCCGUUACACGAACCCCAAAACCGAGCGGAGGAUCGGUUUAACGAGUCGCAAAUGCGUACCCGUAACGUGAUCGAGCGAACCCUCGAACUUUGGACGGGGCGAUUUCCCAUCCUCUCGAUAGGGAUGCGCUGCAAAAUCCCACUAGUGCAAUCGGUAAUAAUGGCCACCGCGAUUUUACAUAACCUAUCAAGGGACGCCGGCGAGGAUAUGCCCCCCGAUGUCGAUGUUCAUCGUGAGGAAAUCGAAAAUGAUGUAAUACUGCUCGGUAAUAGUACACAAGUACAAAGACAACUAAUUGAAUAUUUCUCAACGUAAUACAAAGCUACUUAGAUA